UGCUUAUUAAGUUAAACAUUCAUUCAAUCUCUAGACGGGAUCUACGUUUUUGAGGUUAUAUUUUGCACAGAAUUUGUUUUCGUAAUGGGAGACUCCGAUUCUGGUUUCAAACCAAAAAUCAGCAGUACUGCACAAGAUCCGGUACUUAAACAAGCUGAGAUAGCGUAUAUGAAGUUGAUUGAGCAGAAAAACCGCGAACGUGUACAAAAGCUGCAGCAGAUUUCUAAAAAGAAUAGGCUGACUGGACUCGUGAUAGGAAGCGGAGUGUUGAGUGUUUACUUAUAUUCUAUAUUUGCUGUGAAACAAGAAACGUUCCUCGACGACUUUGAGGAACCAGUAAAGAUCCAGCAGUAAUAAAAUGGCUGCUGCGAAGAAAGUUGUUCAGAUAAGACUACCACCUCUACCAAGUAUCAAAGAUGUUAUUAAACUCUACAAACUUCGUGCUCUCAGGGAACUCUCUCAGAAUUUUCUCAUGGAACCUCGUUUAAUUGACAAAAUAGUAAAUGCUGCUGGAAAUAUAGAAAAUCAUAUAGUCUGCGAGGUUGGACCCGGCCCUGGCGGAAUUACAAGAUCAAUUAUCCAAAGAGGUCCAAGAAAAGUAAUUUUGAUCGAAAAGGAUCGUCGUUUUGUACCAUCCCUAGAACUAAUCGCAGAUGCAUGUAAAAACAAGGUGGAUGUUGACAUCAUUACCGGUGAUAUUUUGAAGACUGACAUAGCGCAGUAUAUACCUGAGGAUGCCAAGACAGACUGGCUAGAAUCCCCGCCACCCGUCAAUUUAAUUGGGAACUUGCCAUUUAGUGUAUCAACAAUAUUGAUAAUUAGGUGGCUAGAAAUGAUAUCAAAGCAAGAAGGUCCAUGGGCUUUUGGGAGAACUAGAAUGACAUUAACAUUUCAAAAAGAAGUUGCUGAAAGGAUGGCGGCAAGAAUUCUGAGUGAUCAGAGGUGCAGGUUGUCUGUGAUGUGUCAGAAUUGGUGCAAUGUGAACUACAAGUUUGAUAUAUCUGGAGCAGCAUUUCUUCCUAAGCCUGAUGUUGAUGUUGGAGUAGUAACAUUAACUCCUUUGAAGCAUCCCAUUAUCCAAUUGCCUUUUAAGAUGGUUGAGAAAGUUGUCCGCCAGAUAUUUUCCAUGAGACAAAAGUAUUCAAUUAGAGGGGCACAAACAUUGUUCCCAGAACAUGUUCGAGAAGAAAUGGCAUUAAGAAUGUACAAAAUGGCCGACAUUGAUCCUGUGACCCGACCAUAUCAGAUAGCUAACAUGGAAUUCUGCCGAAUUUGUCAUGCAUACAAUGAAAUCAUUAAAGAGUAUCCUGAAUUUGAGCAUUAUGACUACAGAGCGCAAAAGGUUGGAAAAAAAGUGGUAGAACAAGAAGUUUAAGUUAUUAGCGGACUUAGUUGUAUAUAUUAGUUAUGUUGCAAUAAAUAAUUGUUUAGAAUAUCAGUUUUA